GCGACAUCCACUGCAUCUUCAACAUCUACAACGCACCAUGCUCAUUAAAACGUCGUACAAGGACGUCGAGACAACGGCAGACGGCCGCUCAGGCAAGAUGCGCAUCUACAUCAUCGAGCCUAAUGUGCCCGAGUAUCCCGAUGCCAAGUUCCCAGGGUGCGUCGUGUUCUCUGAGAUCUAUCAAGUCACGGGCCCCGUUGAACGCUUUGCGAGCAAUAUCGCCAGCGAAGGUUACGUCGUCGCGUUGCCCUCUUCCUUCCACGAGUUUGAGGGUCCCGAGCCAAUCCCCUACGACAAUGAGGGCACCGACCGGGGAAACAAAUACAAGAUCGAGAAGACAGUGGCGGCAUACGACGAGGACGCCACCCUCGCUGUUGACCUUCUCACGUCCAUGCCCAACUGCAAUGGUCGCAUCGCGGCAACGGGCAUGUGUCUCGGUGGACACCUGGCUUUAAGGUGCGCCUUCGACCCCCGCGUUUUAUCGUCGUUCUGCUACUUCGCUACCGACGUCCACUCGGCCACCCUUGGCAAGGGCAAAUCGGACGACACGCUCAAACGCGUUAAGAACGGAGACCUUACGGGCAAGGGCGAGGUGACCCUCGUGUUUGGCAAGCAGGACACACACGUCGACAGGGCCGGAAGGACAUUGAUCCGCCAGACCUUUGAUGAUGCAGAUGUUACGCUCUCUUUUAUCGAGGUCCAGGCGCAGCACGCGUUCAUCCGCGACGAAAGCUCCAAGGGGAGGUGGGACGCAGCCCUUUCACGGUCACUUUUCGCGAUGAUGAUCGAGAGCUUCAACCGCUGCGUCGCGCGCGACCUCGGUCGUCGAGCGGGCGGAAAGGGUGCCAUUGAGCACGUGUGCUAG